AUGAGUGACAGCGAGAGCGAUAAUGAAUAUGCUGCUUUGGUGAAAAAAAACUUGGAACGCAAACAGGCAUUACUAGCAGAACUUGGUCUGGACAACCUUCUUAAUGAGGGCAGACAGUUGUUUGCGGAAAUUGGGGAUCGAGAUAAACGGCGCCAACCAGCAGAAAUUCGGGAUAGAAGUAAACCGCGCCAAUCAGCACGAAGGAAGUCUGUAUUUGAGGAAAAGCCGGCUCGGCGUUCCGUUCGAAUCCAGAAAAAGUCGAACACAGUGAAAUACGUGAAAGGGUUUCGGGGAUUUUGCGAUUCCGAUGGCCAAGAAUCGUUGGAUGAUGAUAGGCAAUCUGACGUAGAAAGUAUCGAUGCGUUGAAUAGACGAGGGCCCAACUCUAAGGACCAUGAGAACUGUCAGGCAAACCACAAAGCGAGAGAAAACGAAAGCAAGGACCAAGAAAAUAAAAAUGUAAGUGGUUUUUAUGUAAGGGAGAUGGUCACUGAUCAAAACGCAAGUUUAGAUAUUGUUGAAAACAAUAAUAAGGCAGUUCUUGUUCAGAAGAAAAUUGAAACUGAUGAGGGUGAUAACCAAAAUAAAAAUAAUUGUGAAUCUGUAGUUGCUGGACCAGGAGUAUGUGAGGCCUCGGGUGUAAGGAAUAGUGAUCCUUCAUUUAAGAAUAAAGAUCACGCUUUGCAUGAGGAAAAGUUAGUGGAAACAGUUCAAAAAAAUUACAUUUUAAAUAAUAAUAAUAAUGAUUUAUUAGAAUAUGUUGAAGGUCAUCAGGGCAUUGAAUGGAAUGAUCGCAGUGAGGAGAUAUGCAAACAGAUAAUAUUGAAACACGUUAGGAGAUCAGUUCAACUAAAAAAACAUGAUGAUGAUACUGACUCUGAGGAUGAUUGGAGUAAGUAUAAAAAUGUCAUGUUCUGUAUUUCAGCAUCUGAAGAUUCUGAUGAUUCAGACGAUGUAGAUGAUUCUAAUGGUAAAAUUCCACGUACUCGAAGGCGCAUGUCUCACCCUAAAUUCUGUUAUGAUGUCCCAGUAGUAUCGUGCGAGGAAGUGACUGAAGAAAUGUUGGCUAAUAUAGCAAAACGCAGUUCAUGUAAAGUUUAUGAUCAAUUGAACGGCACUACUUGUCAUCAGUGUAGGCAAAAGACAUUUGAUACAAAGACAGUUUGUCGAUCUGGAAGAUGUGUUGGGGUGAGAGGGAUGUUCUGUGGAAUUUGUUUACCAAAACGGUAUGGUGAACAAGUGGCAGAUGCCUUGAAAAACCCUGAUUGGGAAUGCCCUGUCUGCAGAGGCAUCUGUAAUUGUUCCUUUUGCCGAGCUCGAGCUGGCAAAAUUCCAACUGGUAUAUUGUACCCAGAGGCACGUCAACAAGGGUAUAAUUGUGUUGCAGAAUAUUUGAAAGAUAAAGAUGAUAAAGAAAACAUCAGCACAAAAGAAAAAAAAUUGAAAAUAUUGAAGUGUUGA